GAGUUCCAUUCCUUGAAAUUCCCCAUUGCCUGAAAAUCCAGUUUCUAAGCGUGUGGUGUAGCAAACAGCCAUGGCUCUGCGGCAGCCUUGUUCAGUUUCAUCAUCUUCAUCGUCUUUCUUCGGAGGUUAUCGCCACAGACUCUACUCGAAGAUAUCAUGGCCAAAAUCUCGAAAUGUCAACUCCACCAGCACUCAUUCAGGUUGCAAAGCUUCAUGGCAAGAGCUUGCCGGCGUUUUAAUAUUCUCAGCGAUUCCUUUCACCGCCGUUAAAGCCAUAGCGAAUAGCCCUCUCGGAGAGUCGCUUCAGAGCCGAAUGGAGGAGAAUAAGAAGGCCGCCGUAAAGAAUUCUUCAAAGUUCAAGGCCUUAGCUGAAAAGGCUAAAAACGAGAGUCUGUGGUAUGGAGAAGAGCGUCCUCGCUGGCUUGGUCCAAUCCCAUAUGACUAUCCUGCAUAUCUCACUGGAGAACUUCCUGGGGAUUAUGGCUUUGAUAUUGCUGGUCUGGGCAAGGAUCCUGUGGCUUUCCAAAAAUAUUUCAAUUUUGAGAUACUGCAUGCGCGCUGGGCUAUGCUUGCAGCCCUUGGUGCUCUACUUCCAGAAUUAUUAGACCUAUUAGGAGCCUUUCACUUUGUUGAACCUGUCUGGUGGCGAGUCGGCUAUUCAAAGCUCAAGGGAGAUACAUUAGACUAUCUUGGCAUCCCAGGAUUUCACUUUGCUGGAAGCCAAGGAGUAAUUGUCAUUGCUAUUUGCCAAGCCCUGCUGAUGGUUGGACCAGAAUAUGCAAGAUAUUGUGGGAUUGAAGCUUUGGAGCCUCUGGGAAUUUACCUGCCUGGUGAUAUUAAUUAUCCAGGAGGAGCUCUUUUUGAUCCCCUGAAUCUCUCUAAAGAUCCUGUAGCCUUUGAAGAGCUGAAGGUGAAAGAAAUUAAAAACGGGCGCUUAGCAAUGGUUGCCUGGCUGGGGUUUUAUAUACAAGCUGCUGCUACAGGUAAAGGUCCUGUACAAAACCUUCUUGACCACUUAGCAGAUCCCUUCCACAAUAACCUGCUUUCCAUUUUCAAAGCCUUGUAAAAGUUUUUCUUUCCUUUGUUUAUACAUAAUGUAAAAUGUUGUGUUAAGCUCAAACCCAUGUAAAAAUAACAAUGAAUUAAUUUUAAAAAAUCUUUCUGGUGGUUUCUUGGUUUGUUGUGUAAGCAAUACAGGAAUCUCCAAAUUCAAUUUGAUGGAAACCUAA